UAUUCAUGAAUAUGUUAGUGAACUUGAUAUUCAUGAAUAUGUUCUUAAAAUGUUCUGAAGAUUCUGAUUCUAUUUUAUACUAAGUCUGGCUGCUGCACAGUGCUUGUCAAUGAUGCAAAACUCUGACCCGAUAUCAAAUGGAAUUCCCCUAAAAUGUUCUGAGUGGGGCAUAUAACCCACUAGACCUGGGUUAAGAAUCACCACUCUUAAGACCCUUCUUUGCCCCUGAUCUAAGAAACCCUUUUCCAGCCUCUCUCAUUCAGAGUAUAACAUGGCGAAACCCCAGUUUUCUAUCUGAUACAGGAAUCACCUCCUUCUUUUGUCAUGAAGAUUAGCCCCCAAGACUGAGGAGAAAACAGGUUAGGGAGAUGAGACAGAAAAUUCCCUCCAAUGGCUAUCACGUGACUUGGUAUGGGGGGCCAGUGUUGUGGUAAGGAAAAAGCAAGGCAGUUUUUACACUAGGUUUAUCAGCUGUGCAUCUUCCACUGACAUUCGGCCAAGGAACCUAUCUGAACGUUGAACCACGAAGUCAGCCUAAUUCCAAACCAUCCGUUUUUGUCAUGAAAAAUGGAACAAAUGUUGCUUGUCUUGUGAAGGAUUUCUACCCUAAAGAUAUAAAAAUAAGUCUGGAAUCAUCCAAGAAAAUAACAGAAUAUGACCCUGCUAUCGUGGUCUCUCCCACUGGGAAGUACAGUGCCGUCAAGCUUGGUCAGUAUGGAGAUCCAGAUGCAGUCACAUGUUCAGUUCAACACGACCAAAAAACCUUGCACUCUGCUGACUUCGAACCAAAGAAAAAUUCUUCAGAGACUCCAAAACCAAAGGAAUCUGAAAAUGUUAAGCAAACUUCGGAGAUCUGCUAUGAGCCCCAAGUUCAAGCCUGGAAGGUGAAUAUGAUGUCUGUCACAGUGCUUGGGUUCCGAAUGCUGUUUGCCAAGAGCGUUGCCGUCAAUUUUCUCUUGACUGCCAAGUUAUUUUUCUUUUAAGGUAAGACCUAGUUGUUCCUUAUUCCUACCUCCACCUAAACCAUGCUGCACAUGGAGAAAGGAGCUUAGGAAUGAUGAGAAGUGUUGGGAAAGGAAAAGCACAUUGAGAUACAUUAUGAUGCAAUAUAUGUGGGCCUUUCACAUACUCAGCAUAACACCCCAUCUCCUAUUAGCAUUUUAUUUCAAGCCAGACUCAAAACUCGUGUAGUAGAAUGUAAUACCAGCCAAUAAUGCCCACUUCCACCCAGGAGCUUUAAAAAAAAAAAUGAAGCUAAAUAAGGAGAAAUCAUUUUCUUGUUUCAUUAAUUUGUUUAUUUGGCCAAGGACCAUGGGCCUUUGGUCCCGUUUUGAAAGGCCAUCAGUAAAGCUUCACCUGAAGAAUAUUCAGGAGGAGCAGAACCUGUCUUUACCCAGACAAAGGGGAUGCUAGCUCUCAAUCCUUAAUCAUAGAACUCGAUGUACAGACCAGCCUAUCUUGGGGAUGAACCUACACUUCCACUCUCAGUGAGCAGCUAGCUCACUACUAGCCACUUGGGAUGCACAUGAAAUAGAGGUGGAAAUGUUAAUUAUUUGCCUGCUUCUUGCAUUCUCUCUUUUUGUCAUCUUAGACAUGAAAUUGAACUAGGGCCUUGGUUUGCCCAUGAAGCUCCUUCUCCAAUACCUCCAAAUACCCCUCAGUCUAGCCCCUGAUCUAAGAAUAGGUUGAUCCAACCUAACCUACAAGCACCCCCAGUCAUUCCCCAGUGGGUGAAUGUUUUCCACCAGUCCCAAGGACACAGGCUGAAUGUUUGCAUAAAAAGAGCACUACCCUAGGAAUCAGAAGAGCUAAGUUUUAUUCCUGACUUUGUCACUAACUCACUGUGUUACCUUAGCCAGGUUGCUUUACCUCUCUGGGUCUGGGCUAUCACAUCUGUAAAACAAAGACUAAAGAAGAGCAGAUGGGUUUUAUGAUUUGCAUCAACAUUGAUAAACUGAUAGUGAUUAGCUGAAGUAUCACCAUGCCUAGAAGGGGAAGUGUGCUGGGAUAGAUUAGUGAUGUCUGCACUGGUACAGCCACAGCAAGCACUGGCCAUACCCAGACUACAGGACUGCUAGGAUUCCUUCCAACACUGAUGGUCUGUGAUGCUAUAACAGCUCUGACCAUUUUCCUUCAUUUGCAGGCUGACUGGCAUGAGAAGCCUACACUCCCUGAAAGAAACCAAAAGCGUACAGAGCUGUUUCCUCUUAGGCUUUCAACGUCUUGGUGAUUCAAGUUGAACCAUCCCAGCCUUGUUUAAAUGGCUGCUACCCAAACCUGUUUUCCUUUAAAGGCAGCAAACCCAGCUUAUCCUUCAGCCUGGUGGAAAGACAGAAGUUCUGGGCAAUGAGGGCCUAUGGUCCCAAAUGCUUUAUGUGCUGCUUUAUAAAGGGAUAUAGAGAUAUGAAGGUAUAUAGGAUUCAUUUUUUUUUCCUUCCUAAGGCUGAUAUACUUUGAAAAUGGUGUUUUGUUCCUUUGACAUCUUUGCCUCCAGAAAUAGAAGCUAUUGCAUUCCCAGCUCCAUUCUCCAAGAGGGAAAUAGAUCCUGGAGAAAGAAGGGCAGAUGUCCUUUCACCUAAACAUAAAAGGCUCUGCUAACCCAGCACAAGAUUUGCCCCAAACUAAUGUUUUCUUCCACAAAGGUAUCUUCUGCUUUUCCUAGUACUUCACAGACAGAACUACAUUUGACUUCCCUAAUACUCUGUGCAGGCAUGAGCUUUCUAAAAUCUCAUUUAAAUACUCUCAGAGCUCUUAGCAGAGAUCAGGGUAAGAUGCAGAGGAAAUGUGCUUCUCUCUAUUAAUUGAUUUAACAAACAGGGAUUACUCCAGGUUUUAGGCACCAUGCUGAGGGUGCAAAAAUGAGUAAUACAUGGGAAUUGCUUUAAAGCAACUGACUGUGCAAGUAUUUUUGGAGGAAGGGACAGAAAUGAGACCCUGUGAUUUCCCCCAUAAAAAGUGUCUUUACCACCCCUUGCCUGCCCAUCUGUGCACAGGGCAUUUGAGGGUUUUGGAUCUUGGGUGUUGAUAGUUUUCUGCCAUUCUUCUCUGUCUCUGUUGCAUUGAUUAAAGUGCAUUGUGGGUGCCUUG